GUUAUCACUGAAACUGCCGAUGUUUCUGGCACCAACUGUAACUUUCAUCGAGUUGUGCACAACCUGGUGCAGUUGUGACCACAUCGACUAUAAGUCAGCCAAUGAAACGCUCCAUCACGAUGAUGAUAUGAUCAUCCUCACCAGCAGUAUCCCCGCAUAUACCCCAGUCUGGAUGUGGUUCUCAGCUUAUUUAGUAUAUAAGGAGGUGGACGAAUAUGCGCGCGAAACCCGACUAUUUUCCCCCUCGAACCAAUUCAGAUGGAACAUCCAUCGGUCUACAUCACAACGGCCAGAAGUCUGCAGCCCUUAGCGUACAUAUGCACGUUGAUAGCGGCGACAUUCUGGACCUAUGACUAUAUUUGUUCACUUCACGAAGAGUGGACAUUCCUGCUUCGGUCACGCCUUACCAAGGUAAAAGUCCUUUAUAUCGUUACACGAUAUGUCCCCUUUUUCAUCGUCGCCGCGGACCUAUAUAUGAACUUCUCAGGGAACGAGGACCGCGAUCAAUGCCUGAUAUUAAGCAACAUUUACGCAUGUCUCAGACUUAUAUCACUCGCUUGCUCUGAAUGCUUGUUUGUGCUCAGAACAUGUGCGCUUUGGAACAACAAUAGAAUCAUACUCAUAGCCAUACUGUCCACCAUUUUUGCUAUUGGCAUUUGGUUGACUACUGUUGCCACCUCACAUGUAACGAAUAGCGUAAUCCCAGACAUCACAGGUUGUCACCGGAGCUCUGGUAGUUUCUCAUUCUUCAUGCAGUUUAUUGUCUUGCUCGUGUUCCAACUGGUAUUGGUAUCCCUCACGCUCGUGCGUGUCGUACAGAGUUGGCGGUCGGCCCAAGGCCCUCUGUACGCGAUCUUGCUGAAGCAUAACAUAUUCUACUAUGCAUGCGGUCUGCUCCUCUCGGCCAUAAACAUCCUUGUUCCAAAGCUGCUUGACUACUCCAUAUCCUACUUCGUCCCCGAAAGUUUGGAGGUUUUGAUCCUUGCAAUGCUCGCCACGCGCAUGCACCUCCAUCUCUGGCAUAUGAACCGGCACGCGAAUGGCUCUGAGGCCCUCGUGUGUAUUUCUAUGUCCGACAUGUCACCUGUAAACUAAACUGUCUUUGUCAUGGGGUGCGAUCUGACUCUAACGUGUGAACAAUAACGACAGCGUCUUCGCAGAAGCCCUGACUUUCCGGCAUGCGAGAUCCAAGGAAUUCCUGGAGGGUUCAGAAGAGACCUGGGAAAUUGUCAAGGGCGUUUGUAGUAGGGUCGUAUGUAUUGUUGGACCAUGGUAGAUGCGCCGUUCAAUCUUGCCACUUUGCGGAGCUGUUGCCAGGUAAACUCGGAAUCAAUUUCAAACUCACAUAUGA